UAGGAUAUGCGGUGCGAUUCGAGGACACAUCCUCCGCAAACACAAGGAUCAAAUUCUACACGGAUGGCAUGUUACUGCGGGAAAUCCUUAGCGACCCAUUUCUUACGAAGUGUGAUGUUGUCAUAGUCGAUGAGGCACACGAAAGGACUUUGAGAACCGAUGUUUUACUGGCCAAUCUGCGCAGGAUACAGAAGGAACGCAAUUCGAAUGAAAGGGGCGAUAGAAAGGGUAAAGGAAAGAUGACCCUUCGACCUCUCAAGAUCAUUGUGAUGAGUGCCUCAUUACAAGCCGACAAAUUUAGCAGGUAUUUAGACAGUGCACCUGUUCUCUACGUCAAAGGUCGCCAACAUCCCGUCAAGAUCUUUUACACUAAGGACCCCCAGGAGGAUUAUCAAGACUCUGCACUUCGAACAUUUUUCCAGAUACAUGGUGGGAAGGAACCUGGGGAUAGGGAUACAUUCAUCGAUUUGAUACGAGUUUAUUCAGGACAAGAGGACAUUGAAGGUUUAGCCUCUACUAUCAGACUCUAUGCUGACCAACUACCGGAAGGUUCACCGAAG